AAUAAUUACAUUAGUAUUUACUUUAUUGCGGAUAAGGAAACAGUCCAUCUUCACUCUCUUCUCCAUUGCAUAAAUAUGGCAGCUGCAACCUGCUGCUUCUCUGCCGGCACCGGCACCGGAAAUUCACUCUCCUUUCUAACAUCUCACCGCCCCUCAACCUCCCUAAGACCACCUUCUUCAUUAUUUAUUCCGAAAGCUGUACAUCAAAAGUCAUCAUCUCCUCCUCCUCAUCCCCCUUCACAGAAAGCAGGUGGUAAACAGAACUUCAUAUGGAGAUCAAAAGACGAAAGACAUUUAGCAAAUAAUGAUGGAAGAAGCAGUAAAAAUGAAACGGGACGAUCUAAAUCAACUGCAUUUAAAUUUUCUGGUCUGCAGAGGAAAGGAUCAGGAAAGGGCGCUCCAUUUGAGUCAAAGGAGCCGCAGGUAGAAACUGGUUUCAUUGAAGAUGCACCUUUUCUCAAUGCAGUUGUGAAGGUUUUCUGUACACACACUGCUCCAGAUUAUUCCCUCCCGUGGCAGAAACAAAGGCAAUUUGCAAGUACUGGAAGUGCUUUCAUGAUUGGUGACGGGAAACUCCUGACGAAUGCUCAUUGUGUUGAACAUGGUACCCAGGUUAAAGUGAAGAGAAGGGGAGAUGACACUAAAUAUGUUGCCAAGGUUCUAGCUAGAGGAGUGGAGUGUGACAUAGCCUUGCUAUCUGUGGAAAGCAAGGACUUCUGGAAAGGAGCUGAACCCCUCUGCUUUGGACACUUGCCUCAUCUGCAGGAUGCUGUAACUGUUGUAGGUUAUCCACUUGGAGGAGAUACCAUUUCUGUGACAAAAGGGGUGGUAUCAAGAGUAGAGGUCACAUCAUAUGCUCAUGGAUCAUCUGAGCUUCUGGGCAUUCAAAUAGAUGCAGCAAUAAAUCCUGGUAAUAGUGGGGGCCCUGCAUUCAAUGAUGAUGGAGAGUGCAUAGGAGUGGCAUUUCAGGUUUACAGGUCAGAUGACGUUGAGAAUAUUGGUUAUGUUAUCCCAGCCAUGGUAGUGUCUCAUUUUCUGGAAGACUACGAAAGGAACGGGAAGUACAGUGGUUUUCCUUGCCUUGGGGUAUUGUUGCAAAAAUUGGAGAAUCCAGCACUACGUGCCUGCUUGAGAGUUCCUUCGAAUGAGGGCGUACUCGUACGGAAAAUCGAGCCUACUUCUGAUGUUAGCAAUGUCGUGAAAGAGGGCGACGUGAUUGUUAGCUUUGAUGGUGUUCGUGUCGGGUGUGAAGGGACAGUGCCAUUUCGAUCAAGUGAACGCAUUGCGUUUCGCUAUCUCAUCAGUCAAAAGUUCACUGGUGAUGUAGCUGAACUUGGUAUUAUUAGAGCUGGGGAAUUCCUGAAAGUUCAAGCAGUUUUGAAGCCACGUGUGCAUUUGGUUCCUUAUCACAUAGAAGGCGGUCAACCUUCAUACCUAAUAGUUGCUGGCUUGGUGUUUACACCUCUAUCCGAACCCUUAAUAGAGGAAGAAUGUGAAGAUACCAUAGGGCUAAAACUAUUGAUAAAGGCUCGAUACUCUUUUGCAAAGUUUGAAGGGGAACAGAUUGUCAUACUAUCACAGGUCUUGGCAAAUGAAGUGAAUAUUGGGUAUGAGGAUUUAAGCAAUGAGCAGGUCUUAAAGUUGAAUGGGACUCGAAUUAAGAACAUUCACCAUUUGGCUCAUCUAGUGGAUUCUUGCAAGGAUAAAUAUCUAGUGUUUGAAUUUGAAGACAACUUUCUGGUUGCUCUAGAAAGGGAGGCAGCCUCGUCUGCGUCAUCUAGUAUUCUUAUAGACUAUGGUAUUCCGGCUGAAAGAUCAUCGGAUCUCUUGGAGCCAUAUGUUGAUUCUAUUGGACCAUAUGAAGCAACUGAUCAACAUGAGUUUGGUGAUAGUCCAGUUUCUAAUUCAGAAUUUGGAUAUGAUGGGCUUCUUUGGGCUUGAUCAUGACAUGUGAAGUUCAAUUCAAGGUUCUCAUUUGGACUAUUGUUCCUUCAUACUAAAGAACACGGAUGAUCAGGCAACAUUGACCAUGCGGAAUCUGUAUGGCAGGUGUUCUAGUUUGCUGUCUCCUUUGUCAAAGCUGUUGCAAGAUUGUCCCUGAGCGUGGAUAAUGUUCUAUACAAAUGAAGUGAACAACAAAAAUGUCCCCAGGUACACGCAUUUUUUUUCACGUGUAAGAAGGAUGUUAGAGAAAUUGACUUGAUGUAAUCCAUAGGAUGUGUAACCCUUAAGCAUGAUACAUUUUAUGUAAAACAUCAUUCCAAGGAGGAAAAAAAAACUUUUAGAAACAUUAGUUUCACAUUUUAAGGUUGGUAGAAUUAGGGUCUUUUCACGUUCUUAUCUUAAAAAGUAAGGGACUACUCUUUUAA